AUGGUGCUACUAUCGCAACCUAUCUGCUCGAUCUUGCUCGCCUUAAGCUUGCUCUGUAAUGGCGCUUAUGGGGAAAUGAAAGUUAUCGGUUAUCGAACUGUUAACAAAUGGGAGGCUUCCUUCAUAAAUAGGCGCGGAAAGCCUUAUAGAAAUAAAGGUUUCGAUCGGGACUACGGACGCUACAAUCAAAUAGGGCACGGCUUUUAUCUGACAAACGAGCCGGCGAGCUGGUCCGGGCCGGUCUGGGUGAUCCCGUGGUACUGUGUUAUCGAAGCGGAUAGCGAAAAGAUGGACCAGGUUAGCAAAGUAUGGGUGCCCAAGUCUUAUGCGAAACCUGUUCGGGGCGGUAAGGCUCAGCCAACGCUACUAUGGGACUGGGAGGAUGAGAACGAAGAAACCAUCUUGGAGUAUAUCGAGUCGCUCAAGGUGCCGGACCCGGCGAAAGCAGUUCGCUUUGCAUGGAUGCCAAAGUUGCCUGGGAAGGUGCAGAUGGUCAUUCCAACUGAUACGAUCAACAAUGACGAUUUGGGUUUUCGGGCGCAGUGCUGGGAUUCUAAAGAAGGGCUAGAAAGCUAUUCGGAUACGACCGUUGAUUGGUCGAGUUGGGUUAUUGAUGGAGAUGCUGGAGAUCCUCUCCCUUCCACAGAUCCUUCUUCCACGGUGGCUCCUAGCACAGUGGCUCCGAACACAGUGGAUCCUAACACAGUGGAUGUUGACACAGUGGAUCCUAAAUCGCGCGGCUGGCAUCGGAAGUUGUUGGAUUGCAUCGGAGGCUUACCAUGCGAUUUCUCUUGUUGUUGGUAA